GCGCCGUGCGCGUCGCGGGAGGAGGGGGUGGGAGGGAGGGGGUUGUGCUGUGAAUUCGGGUCGGGAAGAAAACAAACCGGUGGGACCGGCUCCGAGAGGGGACAGUUGCAGUAUCUCAAGAAGAAGGAGCGUUUGUGGAGUACCAAGUUCCAAUGGCAGAACUAUCUGCACACUUAUCACAAGUCCAGCGUGGGCAGCUGAGAGAGAACUUGCCUGACAACCAUCAGACCAAUACUGUGGCACCUCUGACCUGUGAUCUGUUUAAUGCUAAUCAGAAUGACAACGUUGAAAGACGGCGUAAUGAAAGCAGCGAUCGAAGAGGCAACGAUAAUCCCGGUUCAGCCUCUAACGGGCAGCCACAGCACAGCACUCGGCAAGUGGUGGAACAGGAUGACGAUGACGACGAUGAAGAGCUGACGCUGAAAUACGGGGCAAAGCAUGUGAUUAUGCUGUUUGCACCAGUCACGCUUUGUAUGGUGGUAGUUGUUGCAACCAUCAAGUCUGUCAGCUUUUAUACGCGGAAGGAUGGACAGCUCAUCUACACCCCAUUCACGGAAGAUACAGAAACAGUUGGACAAAGGGCUCUGAAUUCUAUUCUCAAUGCUGCCAUUAUGAUUAGCGUCAUCAUUAUCAUGACCAUACUCCUGGUUGUGCUUUAUAAGUACAGGUGCUAUAAGGUGAUCCAUGGGUGGCUCAUCGUUUCUUCACUCUUCUUGCUUUUCUUUUUCUCAUUGAUUUACUUAGGGGAGGUUUUUAAGACUUACAACGUUGCCAUGGACUACUUUACCCUAGCGCUCAUGAUCUGGAACUUUGGAGUGGUGGGAAUGAUCUGCAUUCACUGGAAAGGCCCUCUUCGGCUCCAGCAAGCCUAUCUCAUUAUGAUAAGUGCUCUGAUGGCCCUGGUAUUUAUCAAAUACCUCCCUGAAUGGACUGCCUGGCUCAUCUUGGCAGUGAUUUCAGUGUACGAUCUGGUUGCCGUAUUGUGUCCUAAAGGACCUCUUCGUAUGCUAGUUGAAACUGCUCAAGAAAGAAAUGAGACUUUGUUCCCGGCACUCAUUUACUCAUCAACCAUGAUAUGGCUGGUGAACAUGGCUGAAGAAGACCCUGAAUCCCAAAAGACAGCCACCAAAAACUCCACUUAUGAUAAACAAGUUACAGCAAAUCAGAGCCAGAAUGCAAGUAGUGAGGCAGAUGAUGGAGGAUUCAAUCCAGAAUGGGUGCAGGAACGAGAUCGUAGAAUAGGGAAUCAUGAAUCAACCCCUGAAUCGCGACAACCUGUUCAGAAUCUUCCCAGUAAUUCAACAGUUAGUGAAGAAGACCCAGAGGAAAGGGGAGUUAAGCUUGGCCUAGGGGACUUCAUUUUCUACAGUGUCCUAGUCGGCAAAGCCUCAGCAACGGCCAGCGGAGACUGGAACACAACUCUAGCCUGUUUUGUAGCCAUUUUAAUUGGCCUGUGCCUUACCCUCUUGCUGCUUGCCAUUUUUAAAAAGGCCUUACCAGCUCUUCCAAUCUCUAUAACCUUUGGGCUCGUUUUCUAUUUUGCCACAGAUAACUUGGUGCAACCUUUUAUGGACCAGCUUGCGUCCCAUCAGUUGUAUAUCUAGCACACUCAGUGUUGAUCACCCAUGGACAUUUGUAACGACUGUAGCAAAUAUGGGAGGGAGCAAAGAUUUUUCCCUAUUUCUUAACUGCCGCUGUGCUGGGCACUACUGGUUUCUUCUCUUCUUUUUUCAAAAAAAGGUCUCUUAAUGAAAGGGUUAUAGCACAUUAAGUCUUCAGCAAACUUGAGUUAUACAUCUUUGAAAGGACCAUAUGUACAAGAUACCUAUGCUUUCACCAGCAACACCUCUGUUUAGCAUAGUGAUUCCACCUCCACCCCACUGCUGAAGAGUGCUGAGAAUUGUUGUGAUGCUAAAGAAAGGGAACUGGUAAAUCAAACUGAGAUACCUGAACCAUUUGAGGUCAGCCUGGCUCCAGAACAUCAACUCUUGCAUCCCAGCUUCCACUAAGGAUUACCUGGAGAACAGUAACUGGACUUUGGAUGAGAAGAUUUAUAUCUUAUCUAAAGAAAAAAAAAUCAUGCAAGUCAUUCUGUGUGUUUUGUGUUGAAUUUAAAAAUUCCUAAUUAUCAUUCUGGCACAAAACCCUGUGUGCAAAUUUGCACAUUUCUAGCAUUCUUUGGCACAAAACACACACUUUCUGAUUAUGCUGCCAAGUGUUCAUUGGAUUCCAUUUACAACAGGUUCGUCGUGAGAUCAGAGUUGGGGUCCUUGUUUUUGAGACAUUUGUGAUCCUAUAUUUCUCCCUGUCUCCCCCGCCAUAAAAAUAUGCUGAAUAUUUAAUGUCCUUUCAGCAUUAUAAUGGACAUUAUAAUCUAUAGAAGAAUGAGAGAUUUGAAAAGCUGUAGAAAAGCAAUGAAACACACUGCAACCAAAAACAUUUAUAGUUUUCUUUUCAACAGAGUGGUGAAUUUUGGAAUUCCAUCUUGUUUUCUCAGACUUUUUUUAACAUUUCUUGGGAUCAUUCUGUAAAAUAGGAUGUGUUUAUACUGUAAAGGUAAAAAAGAGUAAAUAUUUAUUUUAUAAGUCUGAGGGCUGACACAUAACAUUUACCCCCACAGGACUGUUAUGUAACAAACUCUGUGAAAGCAUACAUGUGAAAAAUACUACAUCUGAGCUGGUCACACAUAUGGGUUUUUCAGACAAAGUCUAUAUGCAAAACAAGUUCCUCCUCUGGCCUACCCAUUGGAUCAUUCCAGAAAAAUUCUUGUGGUAACCACUUGUAGGGUAAU